GUUUUAUCUGUAGCUUGAAGAGCAGCUACCAUUUGCUGUCCAGAUACUUGAGCAAGCUCUGGGGCUAACUGAGGACAUGGUCCUUCCUUCAGCUCCUUCACUGGCUGCUGCACCUAAAACAACUGAGCUAUCUGAGCAAGAGAGCGCAUCUGAUGAGGGAGUACCAGCUAGUGAUGAUCAAGAACAGAAUUUGGAAGUUGAUGACCCCAACAAUAGUGAGACUGAAAGCAAAGCCGUUGUCAAGAAUGGUUCUGAUGAAAAGAAUGGCUCUGAUGCUGUUGAAAGUCUUGAUUCAAAUACAAUGGAAGAUGUAAAGAUUAAGAGAGAAGACAUCGUUGCUCAGGUUUCCUUUGAUUUAGGAACCCUAUACUUCUACCAGGAAAAGUUCCAACGGGCAAUGAAACUAUUUGAAAGUUGCAGGAAUGCACAGUGUGAGCAGUCAUCAUUUUACACUGUGUGUGAGAAGAAGUUGUACGGCUACUAUAUAGCUUGUUGUGGUUUAACAGGCAUCCCCUCUGUGGCCCUGAGUACUCCCACUCCUACAGAGAGUAAGCCUUCCUUAGCUGUGAGACUUGAGCAUUGCCGACAUUCUGGAUACAAUAAUGUCAUUGCAAUCCUUUUGGAAGACAACAUUGCACUGGAACUGCCAUUGGAAUAUAGAGAGAAUCUAGUCACAGAGCUAAGGACAAAUAGUCGAAGAAUGAGUGAAGAUGAAGAAAUUACUGGAAACGUUUCUCUUGACUGGCAAGUCAUGGUUUGUAACAUCAUCAGAGACGUUAUAGAGGGAAGACCAACAAAUCCUGGAUUUUGGCUUUCAUUAGGCAACUGUUAUCAGAAUCAACUGGAUGUCAUAUUUUCUCUUUGUUUGCAGUCGGUACCAAUUGAAGAUGACUUCCCUCCUCAUGGUGUUAAGGAUAGCCACAGGUUUAAAAUCCUCAAGUCGUUUAUUCAGAUGAUUUGUUGUACCUGUGAGCAGGUGGAUGGAUGGAAAAUUGCGAGGAAUUCUGGUGCUAAAAUAUUUUUGGAUGAAGAGGAAGAACCAAUGGAUUAUGUCCAGAGUGAAGUGGUUGAUACUCAACCAGAUGUUAUUGAGCAGGGCUUAAUCAUUGAUCAGUAUAACACAGAAGCUGCAUCAGGACAAGAAAGCACAGAGUUAAAGAAAGGCUUCCUUUGCAAUAAGCUGCGAUGCACAGUUGAUCCAGGAGAGAUCAGCAAUCUUGUGGAAGAGCUUCAUCAACUUGAAAAAGGAAGGAAGCAUUCAGAGGAAUUUGUCUGUCUACUAUACAAGAGUCACCUUGAAGAGAUCAAAAGUCUUCAACAACAAGACAUACUGCAUAUCCUAUUUUCCAAAGCCUUGCAUUGCUCCACUGUUAAGGAGUACAACAAUGCUUCUCAGCUUCUUUCUUACGCCCUUGGGAUGGUGAACACCGUGGCUGGCAGAGGAACUGUCAACAGUCCACUUGAGAAAGUAAAAGCUGCAAUUCACCAAGAACUUCUUGUUCUGGAUAUUUGUCAUGAGUCAGGCAACAAAAGAACAGAUGAGAUUUCCAACAGGGUCAAGUCUUACAUAUGGCAAACUACACCAGGAGCAGCAGAAGUUCGCAUUGAAGAGCAAGUAAAUGCCUACCUCUUAAAUGGCAAGGAAUGGGAAUUUUUAUCAGAAAUAAAAGUUGAUGAAAAUGCACAGUCAGUAGACCACAGAUCUCUGAGUAGUUUGUUGGCCUCUGCCUGUUAUUAUUUGUCCAAACCCCAGGGAUGGAGGAAGCCAGCCAGGAGUCUGUGGGAUGGUGUUCUCAAGAUAUUUAGUAAUAGCACUGGACAACAGAAGCGGUCUGCUGAUGGAAGCCAGGGAGCUGCAGUAGCCUCUCAGUCUGAAGGACUAAAACUAACCAGUUUCAUACAUUUUGUAAGAAAAAUCAAGGAGGAGACUGUGCUAACUGUGUUGCUAUCUUGCUUAGUAAGACUACGUAAUGCCUCUAACAAGGGCGAUGAAGUAAAUUCCCAAAGAGACAUAUCAAGCUCACAUAGUCAUCUAUGGCCAACAGCAAUCACAAACCCUGGUAAUGUAAAUUUUGAUCACAUUGGCUUGGCCUUGUCAGGUGUGGUCCACCAUGCCCUCUCUGUACAACAUCAUAAUGUUUCAUGGCUCCAAACCCUUGGAGAUAUCUACUUGGAUUCUGGGAACUAUUCAUCAGCCUUGCGGUGUUAUCUUGAAGCUGGUGCUGUGUCAUCUCUUUUUUUUAAUUCGCCAGUUCCAUCAUCUGUCUGGGAUGAUCAGGUUUACAGAAAAAUGGUGACAUGUUGUUCAGCAAUGAAAGCUCAUGUUCAGGCAGCAUUACUCUGUCAGUGUAUGGAGGUUAAAGAUUAUACAACAGCUUUUAAGGCUCUUCAGCAGGCCUGUUCAUCAAGUUCUGAUGCCAUGGACUUCUACUACACUUUCUUCUGGGACAUAACCAUGUUAGAAUAUUUAACUUACACCCAUGCUAAGCGUGGACAACAGGACAAGAAAUUGCUUACAAUUCAAGCCAUCAGUCAACCUGACUUGAACAUGUUCAACACAUCUGAACUUCUCCAACAUACAGAACAAAGUAGAAAAGCCAAGUUGCUCAGAACUUUUGCUAAACAGUACCUCUAGCAUGAAUUAAUACUGUCCAUAAUUUCUCAUGACAUCAGUAAAUUGUGUGUUGUGUAAAUAAAAGCCAACUGGAAAACCUUAGAUGUGUAUGUGCAGUUGAUUUUGUUGUUGGAAAAAUUGUUUUGCAUCCAAAAUGGCAUGUUGUGAUAACUUCAGAGUCUACACCUCUCAGCUGGCUUUGACUUCUUGCACAUGAAGUGCCUUUGAAUUUCUUCCCCGACUCUCAUAUUCUCAAGACAUGAUAAUCACAGUUUUCACUGUGUUCUCUAAUGAGGAACUCACUUCUCUGUAGGAGAGUAUUUUCAUUUAAUGAGAGGACUGACGGAUAUAUUUGCUCCAAGGGUACCUAAGGUGCGGGUAAACGUCCUCUUUUUCAAGGUUCAGAUGCAAACAAGUUCUUAAAGAUUGUAACUUUUGGGAUAAAAAUCCUUCUGCAUAGGUCCAAAGGCAUGGAAUAAACAAAACAAGUUCUCUCAAUAGUAAAUGAAUGUAAAUUAUUUGUCUUUCUGUUUGUGCAUAUUGUGUGGCAAAACUAAGAAACAGUCAAAGAAGACUAGCAAAAAGGCAGAGGAAAAUAACUCAAAGGUUGUAAUCCACAUUUCAAAAUAUUUAUUUACCCUGCCACCUGCAUUUUCAACAUUAAAUAAUGCAUCUACUAAUUCUCUAGUGAGGUGACUAAUCAUGUAUUCCACUGUCAUCAGUGAAUCAUUAAUUCCCCUGAGGUGAAUAAAAAGAAUGCCUCAUCAGUAUGACUGAUGCAAGAUAUGUGUUGUCAGUGAAAAUGUAAUCUUUGCAGACUUAUGUUGUCACUCAAGACAGAGUGAAAUGAAAGCCUGAAAGCAAAAGUCAGGUUUUUUUUCAAAGCUUAGAAAUGCACUAAGCCUGUGGAUCGUUAUCAUCAACAGGUCCAAUAUGAAAUAUUUUAUAUAUUAAUUGCUACGUGCACAUUUUUUGUCACAGACAAUAAAUAUUGUUAAACAUUAUAUUACAUCUUAAUAAUUUUAAAUAUUAUCAAGCCAUUGCCAAUCCUGGGAAAUAUACUGCCAAAACUGAAAUGCUAUGUGAAAGUAAAGUAAGCUCUGACAUUUUAAAGAAAUUGCAUCAUGAUCUGCGAUCACUAAAAAGAUGAAAGAUCCUGUAUUCUUGGCCAACAAUACAGGUCACCUUUAACAAAAACUGUACACACUCAAGUUGCCUUCCCUUUUUUGUAAGAUCUAGAUCUGAAAAAGAAUUUCAGAAGAACAUAAAUCCUGUAAUUUGUAUCUGUGAUAAUUACUUACACUACAAAUGAUUCACUAAUUACUUAUUACUGUUUUUUUUCAAUAAGUCAUUAACAGUACAUAUCAAUUGCCAGAGGUCUUGCCAUGCUACUACGUUGACUGCAGCAAACAAGACAAUUUGUGUGAAGUGCUUUAGAACUGCAGACUUUGCAUGUUACUGAAAAGAGAAAUUACGCUACAUUUUACAAUUAAUGCUUUGAACCCAGGAGUAACAUUUGAAUGUGUGGUCUGAUCUUCUGGGCAAUGAUAGUCUUAAGAAGGACUAUUGUCAGAUUUAGUGACUGACAUUUGUUGAAUAAAAGCUGGUUACUUAAACAAAGUUAAGAACCGUUGUUUAACAAAA